AUGGUCCCCAAGAGACCUGGUUCUCAACAAAGAGCGGCGCCGAGCUACUCCGUCAAGGAGGGUUCUGAUAAUGCUUUGACUGCCCUCAUCGCCACAUGCCAACGACAACUCCCGCCUGAAUUCGUCGACCACGUGCGAAACGUUGCUUUCACCGCACCGCUAGCAGAUGCCGCUUUCUUCCCAUGCCCCCUCAAGGAACAGGAGGCAACAGCCUCUAUCAAGGCUCUCGAGGGUAUGGCUGCCGCUGCUAUUGCAGACCUUCGGCACGGAUCUCACGCUCAGAGAGAGAUCGAGGUCGACGUGGCUCGUACGGCGUGCUUCCUGAUAUCGGCCUACCUCACAACGGUCGAUGGCAUGGACAAAGCUCACCCCAACGUGAAGUCCAAAAUUCCAGAUACGGACCUGAACCAAGCCCAGUCCAUCCUCUACAGGCGUCUCUCAGCAAAUCUGUACAAGACAAGGAAUCCCGGUGAAUACUAUCACCUUCAUGGGUCGCUCGAGGCUUCCAAAGCUCUGAACAUGAUCGGCCUGCCCGCCUUCAAUCCAGAGCUCCAGGGUUACAGCGAGUGCAUCAACACAAUCGAGGCCGCGAUGAUGCGCUUCUCGGUGCAUGAGCUGGAAGAAAUGAACCGAAGGGAAGGUCAGGCCGGGGUUCCCGUGCUCAAGAAGGAUCAUUUCUUGAACACGCCCCACGGCAAAGCGCUUGGGCAACUUCCUCCCUUUACCAUCAAGUCGGUAGAGUCCGCUACGCCACCGGCCCCCUUUGCGGCGCAACACGAUAAUUCGGGGACGGAGCAGUGCCUCAGCGGUAUCCGAGUGUUGGAACUCUGCCGUGUGAUUGCCGGUCCAACCAUCGGCCGUUCUCUGGCGGCCCACGGCGCUUCUGUUCUCAAGGUGACCUCGCCAAACCUCCCAGACGUCCCCUUUUUCCAAGUGGACGUCAACACAGGGAAACACACGACCUCUCUGCACCUGAAAGACCCGGAAGAUCGCGCUAAAUUCGAGUCGCUUCUCGCUAGCGCCGACAUCAUUCUAGACGGCUACCGGCCAGGGGUCGUUGACCGUUUGGGUUAUGGGCCCGACAAACUGGCCGCCAUCGCCACAAAACGCGGCAAAGGCUUCGUCUACGUCGCAGAAGACUGCUUCGGCGGCUCGGAACUGGGCGUGGCGAAGGCGGAGUGGGCAGGACGCCCGGGGUGGCAACAGAUCGCUGACUGCGUCACCGGCGUCGCCUGGGAGCAGGGCCACUUCAUGGGGCUCGACGCGCCCGUCGUACCUCCCUUCCCCAUGUCCGACUACGGCACCGGAGCGCUGGGCGCCGUCGCCGCCAUGGCCGGUCUGUACCGCCGCGCGACGGAAGGCGGCUCGUGGGUCUGCCGGACCAGCCUGUGCCAGUACGACAUCUUUCUCUUGUCGUUGGGCGCGUAUUCGCCCGAAGUCCAAGCCCGCCUGCGCCAAACGCACGAUCCAGCCUUCUUUGACCUGCGGCACCACGACUCUGUGGACGAGGUCAGCAAGCGGGCCCUGCGCAGCGUGAAGCGUCUUCAUCCGGAACUUUUUGCGGAGGACCUGAUGCAUACCGCGUGGAGCCAGGGGUUUGACGCGGAGGUGAGGUGGCCAAGGGAGGCUGUGAGGGUGGAGGGGUUGCGGGUUGGACAUAAUCGGGCGUCGAGGCCGAACGGAGCUGAUGCGCCUUCGUGGGAGGAUUGGGAGGCGCAGGAUGAUAUUGUCAGGGCAUAA